CAGCGAGAGAAUGGUCAUCCAGGAGCGGUUACCUCGCGCUAGGAGAAUAUAGUGAAAUAUACCAAAUACAACAAUCUUUAGCUGAGAGGAGUGAAACCAACAGAUAGCUUGUGAAGCAGUGGUACUGCUGAACGCCAGAUGCACGUAAACGUUGAUGAACGAGUGCUUAAUCUUGGAAGACGAAUGCUGUCAUGAAUAAGACCAUACAGCAUAACAGCCGGGAGCAGUGCCACCAUGAGUGUCAUCAUCAGGCUGCAGAACCUCCCGUGGUCAGCCAAUGCCCUUGACAUUCGGGAGUUCUUCAAGGGCCUGUCCAUCCCUGAGGGUGGUGUCCAUAUUGUCGGUGGAGAGCUGGGUGAUGCUUUCAUUGCGUUUAGCACGGAUGAGGAUGCAAGGCUGGCCAUGCAGAAAACAGGAUCCAGCUUGAAGGGGAUUCAGGUCACUUUACUAUUGUCAUCACGAUCAGAGAUGCAGAAAGUAAUUGAAGCAGCCCGCCAGCAGGCAAUGGCACUCCAGGGCUACAUGGCCCCCACGGUGAUUCCUACACAGCCCCAGCAGCCUCCUGUACCCCCAGUCCCUCAGUUACAGCAGCCCCCACCAUCCACCAUGCAACACCAGCAGCUUCCUCCACAUGUACCAUACCAAGCCCAUCCACACGCUGUUGUUCUUGAAGCUCAGCAACAGAUGCAGCCUCGUAUGGUAGCACAUAUCAGCUCUCCACCAAACCAACCAAACAUGCAACAGCCCCCAUCUAUACCGAUGCCUCCUUCAGUACAUCCCUCCCAAACACCUCACAGUUCAGGCCAAGCUGCAUCUCAUGGUCCUCCUAAUUCUAGUUCUACUAAUGAUUUGCAGACUGUUACUCAUUUAAGUUCUUCAACUAGUAACUCUGAAAAAAAGGAAGAAAAGAAGUCAUCAGCAACCUCCACUUCCUCCUCAUCAAAGAGAGAUAACAAAGGACGUGACAGUAGGAGGCGUAGGUCUAAGACACGCAGCAGAUCUCGCUCCAGGUCCCGUGAUAGAGAUCGUCGUCGACGUCACAGAACCAGAUCAAGGUCUCGUAGUCGUGAUCGCAGCAGUCGUAGUCGCAGGCGCACCAGGAGUCGGGAACGUGACCGUGGAAGGGAUAGGAAUCGUGACCGUGACCGUGACCGUGACCGGGAUAAGGAUCGUAGUAACCAUGCUGGUCGUGAACGUAAUGACCGUAUCAGCCAAGAAAAUAAUGAAACGGUAACAGUUACCCUUGACCCUCCUGCUAAGGAGAGUGCCAGUGGUGCUGAAGGAAUUCCAGGUCUUGGUGACAUUCCAAGUGCCAGCAUGAGGGGACCUCUACCAAGUCUUUCAGAGCCUAUCAAAAACUCUCCAAUUCAAACCCCAUCACCUGGCCCAAAUCAAGCAUACAGCUCGGCACAGCCAUAUAAUUCUGGGUCGUCAUACCACACGGCACCACCAUUCACAUCUGGACCACCCUUAAAUUUUGGAAACAUGAGUGUCCCUCCUCCAGCUAUACCUAUGGUACGUACAUUUAAUGAGCCUAUGGAAACAGAACCUGGAGAUGAUCAUCCAAUCAUUUUGGAAGGACCUGGAGAAUUUAUGGACAAUCAGAUGUCUGGGAAACCCAACAACCAGAGGAAUGAACAUAGUGGUCAGGUCAGAGGUCCGGGCGAUGGACCACAGAGGACUGAAAAUAAAGGUCUGUUAGGUGAUGGCCCUUCUGAAGCAGGAUUUGGUAACUUUUUUGGUAGAGGAAUGCCCAUGAGAAACAAUGAGGGCCUUGCAUUUGGUCACCCAAGGAGUCGCCCACUUCUUAAAGAACCAGGUAGUAAUGAAUUUAAUGAUCAGUUUGAUCCAAGACUCCGAAACGAGUCUUCCCAAAUGGGUUGGGAAUCAAAAGAUGGGAAAGAACCAGUGAGCAGUAGCAAACAAAGAGAGUUCAAAGAAGACAGGGACCCCAGAGAUAAAAGCUUCAGAAAUGAAAUAGACAUGAGAGAGGGAAGGAGUAGCCGAGAUGAUCGACAGUCAAAAGAUGGCAAAGACACCCAUGAAGACAGAGAUUCUCGUGAUGACCCAGAUCGAUCUGGCUGGGAAUCUCGAGGUAAACGAGAUUCUCACAGUGAACGUGGAACUCGCUGGGAGGCUGCAGAUCGUCGUGAGGAUGGGGAUGAAUCUUCCAGUUGGAGUAGUCGCAGUAGAAGGGAAGGCUGGAAAGGCCGUGAUGAAGGAAGCUGGAGUAGAAGCAGUGGAGAUAAACGAGAAAGCUGGAGUGACAAAGAUAGUUGGAAACAUGAUUCUCAUAGCUGGGAAGAGGAUUCAUAUUACCACAGGGAUCAAGACAGGCAUGGUGAUGAUCAUGACAGGUAUGGUGAUGGGUACAGUUACAGAGGUUAUCGAAGUAGAGGAGGACGUGGCAUGGACAGAGGCCGUAUCAGCCGAGGUGGACGUGGCUACAACCCUCGCUUUAGUGGAUACCAUGAAGGAUACAAAGAUGAAAACCACGAGGACGGCUAUGGCUAUCGUGGAGGAUACAGGGGACGUGGGAGUUAUCGUGGUAGAGGUGGUUCCUAUAAUUACAGAGAAGGCAGUUCAGAAUGGGGAGAGGACAGUACAUGCAGUGUAGAAAUUCGUAAUAUACCUCCUGGCACAUCUUAUCGUGCUAUAAGAGAACUUUUCCGUGGCAUUUAUGUUCCUAAGACCAGCAUCAAGCUUCUAGCUGAUGAUCAUGGAAAUCGGAUAGAUAUUGCACUCUUGCAGUUUUCCUCACCCCGGGAUGCACACAAGGCAAUCAGGUGCUCUGGUAAUUACAUAUUUGAUAAUAAAGUUGAGGUAACUCUUAUUAGUGAAGCCAAAUAUGAAGCUGCAGUGGAUGUUAACAAAAUGGGUAUGAUGAAGGGGUAUCCUGGUAGUAGAGCUCCAGUCCUAGCUGAAGAAAUUCCAUGGCCAGAUAGCACGUGUGUGUGUGUGUCAGGCCUCCCAUUAGAAUGUGCAGAACAUGAUGUUGCUCAGAUGUUUAGUCAGUUUAAGAUUCAAGAUAUUGUCUUGGAGAGAGAAAAGGGAACUCGACAGCCAUCUGGGCGAUGCUUUGUGCGGCUGAACUCCCCUGAAGAGGUGCAUCAAUCUUUGGUAAAUCUCCUCAAUGCUUCUAUUGAUGGUAACCCCCUUACUGUAGAAGUCUGUCCACCUGAUGCUAUCACACAUGCUGCCAGGGAUAGAGACUUGAUGCAAAGCUCCCAACAGUCAGGGAAGUCCCAACAAAACCCAGCAUCAACCCAGAAGGGUAAUUCCACUCAACAGGAAAAAAAGACAGAAGAAAAGAAAAGUGAAAAUCAAAAUGGUGAAGAACCCCCAGCUAAGCACCUUCCAGUUGGUGCUGAUUUACUUACUGACUCUGUAGUGAUGAAAGGGGUACCAAAAGAUGCAACAGAAGCAAAUAUUCGAGAUUUCUUUAGUGAUGAGGGGCUUGUGCCAGAACGUGUACACUUCUGUGAUGCAAACUCUAAAGGGUUACAUGAAGUAUAUAUUAUGUUUCCUUUGAUUGAAGAUGCUAGGCGUGCUGUUGGAAAAAGCCAACAGCAACUCUGUAAAGUUAAGGUCGAAAUAGACAUGGUAGCAAAACCUGUUGUCAUGAGUGCUAUGGGUCUUCCAUUUGAUCCUCUUGAACUUAUAAGAAAAGGACAAAAAACUGGUACAACUGCAGUCCCUGGAAAAUCGGAGAAGAAUGCAGAACAUGCAAGUGAUGAUAAGAAGCCUUCUACACAGACGAAAGCAACAAGUGCCUCAACAUCAAAAGAAAAACAGGAACAUGGUAACCAAAAUCAAGCAUCACAAUCAUCAGUUGACCAGCAACCUGGGGAUCCAGGACAAGAACAUUCUCAUAACAUAGAGCAGCAAAAUUCAAAUUCCUUCUCUAGUUCAGGAGUAACGGUUCAAGGUCUUUAUAGAGGAGGUGGCAUGGCUGGAUAUGUACCUGGUGGAUCACGAGGAUUCAGACCCAGAGGAGAUAUGCGAGGAAUGAAUAGGAUGCCCGUUGGAAUGUCAGGACCUCGGGGACCAAGUGAUGGAUCCUUUACGAGAAUGCGGGGCUCUGUACCAUUGUUGAGGGAUCCUGUCGAGAAACCUGCUGGUGAAGAGACUAUGGGCACUGCCAUUCCACCAGAAAAUUUUGGUAAACCGGGGUGUGUUGUUGCACUAGGCAAUGUGCCAUAUCGUGCUACCACUGACGAUAUCCUUGAAUUUUUCCACGAGUUCCCAGGAUUACGUCCUGAGAAUAUUAUCAGACGAUACAAUGAAUUUAACCAGCCCACUGCUGAUGCUCGUGUAGCGUUUCCCAGCGCACAGGAAGCACAACGAGCAGUACAGACUCUCAACAGAAAAUUCAUGACCCACAGACAAGUGUUCCUUUCCCUUGUGUCAGAAUAAAACAUACUGUUUUCAUUUUGUAAUAAAACAUAUUAAAACAAAUAUUGUAUAUUUCUGGGAAUUUUAUGUAUUUUUCCAGUUAUUUUCUAUGCAGUUUUUUUUUCACAAUUGGAUUGCAAUGCACUUCUCAGUACCUGUGGAUUUUUUUGUAAACAGCUUAAUUGUAGGAUAAAGUAAGCUAACAUUACAAAAAUACAUGUGUAAAUAUAAGUUUAAGGUCAUCCUGUAUUGUUCAGGAAUUGUAACUUAGCGACAUGGAUAAAGUAUUACAAAAUUGUUUGUACAUAUUUGAAGUAAACUACUUUCUUAAAAUA